AUGCCUGCCACAAUUGCAAAGUGUCCAAGUCGUCAGUCUCACUCGGACUACGGUAGUGUGACCUCAUCGUGCUCUUCCGACGAAGAAGGAAUCAUCGCGUUCGAAGUGUUGGACGAUCACACACUCGUCGAAUCUUCCACAGAGCCGGAACUCUCUUCCUGCUCCUCUCUUCCAAUUGGCGUUUGCCCCCAUUGCCAUCAAAUUUUCGAACAGGUCAGUUUGGGCGAGUGCAAAUAGAUUCAAACCAGGGAUGGGCACUAAAUCAUUAGGUUGAUAGGGCACCGGAUCGUUAAGUACCCCACAAACUGUUCCCCCUUCUACAGUAUCAGUAAUAUAUUGUGUUUGUCGACGGCACCCACUCAAAGAGCUCAUCUAUGUAAUCGUCUGUGUCCAAGUGUACCUUUGAUCAUAAGUGUUACUCCGAAAGGCUUCCCGCUGAGUUACGGUCGCAUCCAUCGAUAUCAAAUGUCCGGAGAGAAUGACACGUCAUAACAGAAAGCCCCGGGGGCCAAAAUCAUGUGGAACGUGGCAAUUAAAGUGAGCGAGAACGAUCGAGUAAGACCAUGGCGCAAUACGUUGCACAACUAUGAUUAGCACUUGUUAGCCUACUGUAUUAUUCGUUGUACAAACAUGCAAUUACGGCAAGGACCUCCUGCACAAAUUCCGAGAGGGAGUUCACUUCUGUUAGCACUCGCGUGUGUUUGACCAGAAUUGGAAGGGAAACCGGUUGCUGGGUAGGCACGCAAAAAAGUUAAUAGUGCAUUGUGUGACUAGGAUCCGCCACAAUUAUGAUUUGAAUGCUUACCUUGAGAACAACUUUUACUUUCCCUAACAUCCUCUCUUUUUCUAGCCUGUCAGCUUGCAAUGCGGACAUUCUCUGUGCGUCAUCUGCUGCAAUCAACUGCUUUUUUCCAUGGGUCCUGCUCCGUCUCACUUCUCGCGUCUCCGUCCUCAAAUGGGAAUCAGCCGUCGUGCCCGUUCGACUCUCCCCGGUUCCACUUCCACAAUCAUGUACCGCACUCCCGAGUGCCCCGUCUGCUGUGCUCCUCCUUCGCUGGCUGGCCCCGUUCCCAAUCUGGCUCUCGAUCAUCUUCUGCGGAAUAUGCAGACUUUCCGAUGGAAGCAAAUCGAACAGGACGUCAACAGCCGAGUUUCUCGGAAAUGGGAAGAUGCGGGUCCGAUUCAGGAGUGCAAAUUAGCCGUGUUGGGAGCUCCGAGAGUCGGAAAGACGUGUUUCCAGCGUGUUCAGAACGGAAACGACGUAAUGUUCCCGGAUAUGCAGAGCGAGAACGAAGACGGCGACGCGUUUAUGGUCGAGAUUGCCGACGAGAUGUCGCUUGAGAAGGCGUGCAUCUCAUCUCGCGGCAUCAUCAUAAUGUACUCGGUGACAGACAGACAGUCCUUCUAUCAUGCCGCCGAAAUCUACAAGAAACUGGAGCACAGCAGGGAGCACAACGUGAGUUCGCCCUCAACCGGAUGUUCCCUCUCAUCUAGACCAUCUCUUUGCAGCAGCCGAUUGUUCUCGUCGGGUCGAAGAAGGACAGGAAGAAACAGAGAGUGGUGACUCCCUUCGAAGGACAGCAGCUGGCGAGGAACAUCGGGUGCCCGUUCCUGGAGGUCUCUUCCAAGUUCAACGACUGCGUUCACGAGACAUUCGCGGAGCUGGUCUCUAUGAUUCGAAAACAGCACAAUGCAUUCAAAGAUGUUGUGAAAAACUCUCUGGUUUGA